AAUGAAGGUUUAUAUAUUAAAACAUAUAGCAUUUCUCCAUCAGGAAAAUUGUCGAACAUUAAAGGACAAAAAAAGUUUCAACAGGAAAAUUUUCUACAGGUAGCUGUUGCGUCAAACUCUCUGCUUCCAACCUUAUUCAAUCAUUUGUUUUAACAUUUUUACUGCUCCCCCUUGAGGGGUAAAAGAUUGGAUAAGAUGAAUUCCCCAUUAUUUAAUAUGAAUCGUCAUUAAGCGUAAUCAUAGAGAAAAUAUAUUGAUGACUACAAGGAAUUCCGUCUUAAACUCAAUCUUGACGUAAAUAAUUCAGAUCAUCAAGAAAAAAAACAGCACAGCUAGCUCAACUUAAUACAUUAAUCAUUGGUGUUUAAUAAUUUCUAAGAAACAGAGGGGAAGCCAAUCGAGAUGGUGUGGAUAGUUAUUUAAUUCCCCAAAUGAUUAAAACAAAACUUUUUGACAAUGAGGACUAAUUGCAUUGAGACAACCUACCUACAGGCACAACACAUAUUUAAUCCUCUGAUUAACAUAUAAUAGAAAGUAUUUUACUAUAGAUAUACAUGAAAGUUGCCAAGAAAGUAAAGAAAACACAACCGGGAACUCAACAGAAAUAAAACUCUGUUGAAAAAGAGCGACAAUGAUUGGUAGUCUCCAUCAUAUAUUCAUAAUUAUUACACUAUUUUAUUCUAUAUAUAGGUCUCUAUCACGUUUCUAUAUAUAUACUUCUUAUGAUUGAAAUUCAUCAUCAACUAUCUACACAGAGUCUCCUAGCUAGCCGUAGAUUAAUCAUCAAAAGAUGAUCCAACCAGAACUUCUUCAACCAUUCUAUAGUUUCAGUACACCAACUCUUCAUCAAGUCGGAGAUCACCAUAUCUUCAACAUGGAUAUCCAUAUUGAUGGGUUUUCAGACUUCUCUUCACUAAAUCCUACAGAGGAAUCCUCUGAGACUUCUUCAAUCCCUUGUUUCCCAUCAAUGCUAUCAAAUGAUUUGCUCCAAUUUUCAGGUUGCGACGAUGAAUUACAAGUAGAGAUGGAGAACUUCUGGACGGACUUGGAGGGUUUUGAUCACAAUUCAGGUGAUGAAAUCCUAAGUAUUUAUGAAUAUCUGAAUGAAAGCAGAGCAUGUUUUUCUUCGCCUGAGCUGUCUAACGAAGAUAUUGGGAGUCCAAGUCCAUCAAUUAAAUCCAAUGAAAAUUUGAUGGAUGCAACAACAACUCAAACAUUCUUGAACUUGCCAGGUGAAGACAUGGAAUUAGAAAUCCCAUUGACAAUUUAUCAUCUUCUCAAGGCCUAUGGAGAGGCCAUUGAGAGAAAACAGAGAGACCUUGCAGAGGUCAUUAUGGGAUGUCUAAGCCAGAAAGUUAGCCUUUACGGAACAACAUUAGAGCGGGUCACAUUCAAUCUAUCCAGAGACAUUGAAAUCCAACCAGAUUAUCUACAAGAGGAAUCCAGCAGGAACUUCUCUGUGGCAUUCAAGGCCUUCUACCAGAUUUUUCCAUAUGGAACAUUUGCUCAUUUUUCAGCAAAUUCUGUAAUUCUUCAAGCUAUGCCAGAGGAUGCCGAGACUAUUCACAUAGUGGACUUUGACAUUGGAGAAGGAAUUCAAUGGUCUCCCAUGAUUGAAGUACUAGCACAAAAACAAAAAACUCUCAGAUUAACAUCAAUCAAAUGGUCGGAAGAAAAGGAUAAUUGUACUUACGCUUCUUAUUCGAUGCAUUUUGAGGAGACAAAAAAGCGUCUCUACGAGCACGCAAGAUCUUUUGGCCUAACAUUGAAGGUGGAGGAGAUGGGAAUUGAGGAUUUGGUGAGUGAGUUGAAGAAAACAAGGAAGAGAGGAGGAAGGCGUGAAUGGUUUGCCUUCAAUUGCAUGGUGGGACUUCCACAUAUGGGGAGGGUGAGAAGUAGAAAUCUUGUUGAGGAAUUUCUAAGGACAGCUAAGGAAUGGAUAGCCAAUUCCGUGAAGAACAAUAUCAAAAACAAGGGAAUCAUAGCCUUGGGAGAUGGUGAUGCUUGUCAGAAAUUACAAUAUUACCCAAGCUUUGGUUCAUUUUUUGAAUGUCACAUGGUGCAUUACCAAGCAAUAUUAGAAGCAAUGGAGUCAACUUUGCCAGCUUGUCUUGGAGAAGCAAGAAUGGCCAUGGAAAGUCUCUUUGUGGCACCUAAUAUCUCCUCUCACGCUUGGCUGAAGAAGUGGGAGGAAUUAAAUCAAAGUUGCAAGAUUGAAGCAGUCAAUGGGUUGGAUGGUUGGAGAUUGGACCAAAAAACUUUGGCAGAGACAACAGAAAUGGUGCAGAGAUUUCAGAGUUUAUAUGGAGUGAGAAUUGGAGGCCAGAACGAGAAUGAGAUGGUCUUGGAAUGGAAAGGGACUCCAUUAGUCAAAGUUUCCAUCUGGACCAGUCUAAGCUAGAAUAUUCACUCCUCUUACAUUCGUCAACAUGUUGACUCUGUGUAUUAUGUAGAUAAA